AUGCUCAGCAGCACCGGUGCUGCUGCCGCUGCCGCGAAGCCGAGCGCAGGCCCGCUCAAUGUCGCCCUCGCCACCGUGACAGUGAACGAGGAUCCCAACAUUGAGGUCCUGUUGGCGAGCAAGCGCAUUCAGAAACUGACGCGGGCCACCGACGCCCUCAUUGCCCGUGACUUUGUCCUUCGCGAGGAGGAAGCCAUUUUAGACGACCUUGAGGCCUACAUCAUUUCCCUCGAGAGCGAGGUGAGGAAGGCUGAGUUUCAGACCGAGGAGCUCCGUAGCAGGAGCUCCCUGCUGCGGUCCGGUAAGCGGUGCGCCAUCGCCGGCGAGAACGCGGAGUUGUCCGCACUUUGGAACGAGUACGGCAGCGACAUGGCACACCUCGUGAAGCGGCACUCGCUUCGGCUUGCAGUGCUGGAGAAGGCACUCGCCACCGCGUCGACUAGAAAUCCAGAGUCGCCAGUGCCGAAGCCACUGCCACCGCCGCCAGUGGCGAAGACAUAG